AUGGCUAUGAAAUUAGAUAUGGCUAAAGCAUAUGAUAGAGUGGAGUGGGCUUUUCUGGAUGCCAUGAUGGAAAAGUUGGGUGUCUUGAUCAAUGGUGAGCUGUCAGGGCAUAUUAUUCCAAGUAGGGGUUUGCGUCAAGAGGAUCCAUUAUCUCUUUUUUUGUUCCUCAUACGUGUCGAAGGACUUAAGGCGUUGAUUCGACGGUAG